UUCAAGGCGUGUGUCAUAUGAGAAAGUAAUUUAGGCCAAAACUUCUGAUUGCCAAGUAAUAAGCAAUGGCGAAUGCGUAUACAAUUUCAGACGAAGAAAAAACUCGAAUUGUAAAGAACUUCAUUAAAUAUGCCCCACCUGGUGAAUUUAAUGAAGUUUUUAAUGAUGUAAGGAUCCUUUUGGAUAAUGAUAAACUGCUUAAGGAGAAAGGAGCUGAAGCGUUCGCACACCAGAACAAGGAACAAUUCACUCCAUGCAAAUUAGAGGGUCAAGAACAUGAGGUACUGAUCACAGAAUUUGGUGACAUGAGGAACAAUAAUAGGUUCUUUGAUCCUUCGUCUAAAACAACCUUCAAAUAUGACCACCUGAAGAAAGAGGCAUCAAAUAUAGAAGCAGCACAGAACAUCGACCAGACGGCAGAGAAGUGGCGAAGUGCUCUCGAAACUGCAUUUAGGACAUAUAUACAGGCUCAUUACCAAAAUGGAGUUUGUACUGUUUAUGGUGAAAGCUCUGGCAGUGACAUCGUUCUAACUGUAUGUCUAGAACACCACCUGUUUCAACCAUUCAAUUUUUGGAAUGGACGAUGGAGAUCCCAGUGGUCAGUUAAAUUUAAUCCCAGCAAGGGAUCAGGUGAAGCCAAAGGACUAUUCAAAGCACAGGUACACUACUAUGAGGAUGGAAAUGUCCAGCUGGUCAGCCAUAAGGAGGUCAAGAAAGAACUUGUAGUCACAGACCCAGUAGGCACUGCCAAGGAGUGUGUGAAGAUCAUUGAGCAAGAAGAAACAUUCUACCAGAAGUCCUUAAGCGAGAACUACAUCCAGAUGUCGGACACCACCUUCAAGGCCCUCCGACGGCAACUACCAGUCACAAGAACAAAGAUUGACUGGAAUAAAAUUGCGGGCUACAAAAUUGGUCAAGCUCUUAAGAGUGAUGGCGUUUAGGGAAAAAAAAUAGUUGUUAUAAGCAUGUUAAUUAUUAUUUCUUGUUUUUUUCCAAUCGUCCCUACAAUAGAAAAUAAAAUGAGUAAAGACUGGAGAUGAAAGAUUAGUUUGGAUUUGGUCGAAAGGGAUUCCGACGUUGAGAUAAAAUUUUCCCAUAGAUGAUUAUCUUAAUGGAAUAUUAACUUAAUAUGUAUAAACCGAAUCAUCUUUUCCAAUCAUUAACAUUUGGCUUAUCUUUGUUCAUAGACAAUUAUCAUAUUGUAUCAUCGCACAAUUAUUCAUUGCCUGUUCGAAAUCGGAUGAGCAGCAGGUAAAUUCAUGUUUAUUUAACAUGAGGAAUCCUUAAUGACACAAUUUUUAACUUUGCUUUGAUCAGUUAAAGGACUUAUUUUAUCUAUUUUCUGGUCAGUUGGCACAUGCUCACCAAUCAUCUUAUUACUUACGUCAUUUAUUUUCUAUUCAGGUGUAUCCUACACAAAUUGUUAAUUGAUGUUAUGUAUAAGGAAUUACUGUAAUCACAUUAGAGUAGGAUUUUUGAAAAUAAUUCCUGGAGACCAAAACCAAUACACAAAUCAAGUUGCUCAGCUCAUUCCUCCUCACUGUCAAAUUGUAUGUGACAAGUACAUGUGAUUUGCCCAUAUAUGGAUAUGAUAAAUAUGACAUCGUUACACCCUAAUAUAGAUGUGAUAUGACAUCAUCGUGCCCUUGUAUGGGCAAUCAACAUACAUUUUUCAUUUGGUACUGUGGAUUGAGCUUCAUGGAGGUCAAGUAAUAAUUGAUGCUUAAAGAACCCUGGUGUGGGGGAUGCUUUGUACGGGAAACACUUGAAAUGGCGAUAAAGUUCAUCAAAACCAUAGAGCAUAAAAUGAUGGACUAACAUUAAAAAAAGCUUUUUCAAUGGAUCAUAUAUGUACAUGCUUAAUUAUUGUUAUUUUGUUACAAAUGUACUAUUAAAUCUUUACAAUGUGUAGAGCGCCUUCUGGAGGCUUUCUUUUGUUAUUAAAAAAAUUAUAUUCACGUUUAGAUAUUGAGGCAGAGGUGAAAGCAAUUAUUAUGAAUUUGUUUCUUUAUUAAUUUUUGUUCGUUUAUUGCUGUUCUUUAAUUAGAUCAUAUGUGUAGAAGUAUGAGAUCCUUAAUCAUAAGGGAAAUGUAGACAAAUUUUUAUGCUUGUAUUUGUUUACUGGCAAUGUUGUAUAAACAGCAGCAGCCAUUAUAGUCUGUUCCUACGAAGAUCAUCAUUAAACUAAUAAGAUAAAGUUGAAUAAAUUUUUAUAACACUAUA